AUGAGCAAUAAAAAAACUGCCACCACCAAGACUAAUGACACCAUCACCAAUGACACCAUCACUAAUGAUAAUAACGCCACUACAAACCUAGCCAAAGGACAUCUAAUUCCAAUUGUUAACGUAGAAGUAGGAGAAACUGAUAUGGCAAAUGAUUCGACCUAUGACCCCAGAAAAGAUGAUAACUAUAACAUUAAUGAAGACAAACCCUUGGAUAAUUUUUCUGAAGAAUAUUCAAAAUGGUGUGAGGAAAAUGAUUCCAAUGAGUAUAAGAAUCCUGAACCACGACAAGAAAGGCUAAAUCAAAAUUAA